GGAAACGUGAGGCACAGGUCAAAUGUGCCAGCGCCCAACGGGCAGCGGGCUAAACGGCAAGUGCGCACCAGCUAGCCUUUUUCUUUUCUUUAAGCCGCGUUUCGAAAACUGCCACCGCCCGUCUGCCUCCCCCGUUCCCACGCUUCGCCACGGCGUCACGCCCCCAUCGUCAGUAGUGCUACUGCUGUGCCACUCUCUCCCCCUCCCGCCGCCGCCGCCGCCGCCGCAACUUCUUCUGUGCCAGCAGCCCAGGCGGCCUGGCCAAGCCCUAGUUCAUCAGCCAGCCGCUGCGUCCACCGCCGUCCACGCCACCGGCGGCGGCGGUGGCCAUGGAUCCGUCGGCCGCCAACGCGAAGCUCCCCGCGCUCCCCAAUGGCGACGUCGUGCUCCUCAUGCCGCCCGAGCAACCUCAACCCCAACCCCAACCUCAGCAGCCGCCGCCGCAGGAGCAGCAGCCGAACACCACGCCGGAGGCGCCCAAAACCUCCCAAAACCCCGAGAAGCCGCCGCCGGCCUCGAACCCCUCGACGCGCCCGCCUCUCCCGCACCCCGAGAAGCCGACGCCGAACUCGAGCCCCUCGCGCCCGCCUCUCCCGCCCGCCUCGGCCGCGCUCCUCCGCCGCCGGUCCUCGCUCGCCAAGCCCAAGUCGCGCUUCGUGGAGCCGCCUACCCCUCCUGCCCCCUCCAGGCCCUCCUCCACUCACCCGUCCCCGGUCCACCCCGCCGCCACCCAGACCCCUCGCCCCGGCUCCACCCCUCACACCCCCGCCGACGCCGAGGAAGACGACGACAUCUUCCGCAAGGAGGGCGCCCCGACCGCAGCGUCCGCGGCCCGAUGCCGCCGCAGGGUCUGCCUCUCGCUCGAGCUCGUCGUGCUCGUCCUGUUCCUCGCGCUGCUCGUGGUCAGCCUCGUGAUGCGGCCGGUCAAGGGUCGCUCCGUCUGGGGGCUGGAGAUCUGGAAGUGGUGCGUCAUGGUCAUCACCGUCUUCUCCGGCCAUCUCGUCAGCCGUUGGUUCAUCACGUUCCUUGUCUUCCUAAUCGAGCGCAACUUCCUGCUCCGCAACAAGGUGCUGUACUUCGUCUUCGGGCUCAAAAAGAGCGUCCAGGUCUGUAUCUGGGUUGCACUCGUGCUCAUCGCUUGGUCACAGCUCAUCGACCGCGAGCACGGACGCCCGCCCAAAACAGCCAUGAUCCUGAACUAUGUCUCCAGGUUCCUCGCCUCCGUACUUAUUGCCUCUGUCAUUUGGGUAAUCAAGACAUUUAUCAUGAAGGCAAUUGCAUCAACGUUCCACCGGAAAGCAUUCUUUGAUCGGAUCCAGGAGAGCCUGUUCCACCAGUACGUGCUGCAGACACUAUCGGGUCCGCCAUUGAUGGAGAUGGCGGAGAAUGUUGGGCGGGAGCCAAGUGGGCGAGUGAGCUUAAGCAGGGCGAAGGAGGAGAAAGGAACGCCGAAAGAGAUUGAUGUUGCGAAACUGAGGAGGAUGAGCCAGGAAAAGGUCUCAGCUUGGACGAUGAAAGGGCUGAUCACGGCAAUCCGAGGCUCAAGGCUUUCAACAAUAUCUCAAAGUAUUGAGAGCUUUGAUGAGGAGGUUGAUGACACUGAACAGAAAGAUAAGGAGAUAAAUAGUGAGUGGGAGGCAAAGGCAGCAGCAAAUGCCAUUUUUAAGAAUGUUGCCAGGUCUGGUUACAGGCACAUCGAGGAGCUCGAUUUACUGAGAUUUUUCAGCAAGGAGGAGGCAGCUCUGGUGCUUCCGAUGUUUGAAGGGGCAUCAGAGACGGGGAAGAUAAAAAAGUCUGCUCUGAAAAAUUGGGUGGUAAAGGCAUAUCUCGACCGCAAAUCACUAGCGCAUUCUCUCAAUGACACAAAAACUGCAGUUAUCCAACUUCACAACCUCAUGAGAGUUCUUGUCAUUAUUAUAAUCAUCAUUAUCACUUUGUUAUUGAUGGGCAUCGCCACAACCAAGAUCCUCGUUGUCAUUUCAUCCCAGCUUCUGGUUGUGGUAUUCAUAUUUGGAAAUGCCUGCAAGACUGUAUUUGAGGCCCUUAUAUUUGUAUUCAUCAUGCAUCCGUUUGAUGUUGGGGACCGCUGUGUCAUUGAUGGAAUUCAGAUGGUUGUCGAAGAAAUGAAUAUAUUGACCACUGUUCUCUUGAAAAAUGACAAUGAGAAGGUAUAUUAUCCAAAUUCUGUGUUGUCGACAAAGCCAAUCAGCAACUUCUACCGAAGCCCUAACAUGUAUGAUACCAUCGACUUUGCUAUUGAUGUUUCCACUUCAAUUGAGAGCAUUGGAGCUUUGAAAUCCAGAAUUAAAGCGUACUUGGAGAGCAAACCAACACACUGGCACCCUAUCCACACAGUGAACUUAAAGGAUAUCUUAGACGUGAACAAGAUCAACAUGUCCCUGUCUGCCCAGCACACCAUGAACUUCCAGAACAUCCGGGAGAAGAGCAUCCGGAGAUCUGAGCUCGUCAUGGAGCUAAAGAAAAUAUUCGAGGAAAUGUCCAUUAGCUACCACCUUCUGCCUCAAAAGGUUGAGCUUAGCUACGUCGGUGCAAACCCAUUGCCCAUGCCUGUUUCCCAUCGCUGAUAGAACGGGGUGAAAUUAACGACUGAUGAUCCUACCUUGGUGGCCCAGAGUUUGACAACUGAUGGUUAGUUUAGUCUGUACUAGAGCUUUUUUUCAUCUCUGUACAUGCUGACCGUCUUGCUGUUUAAUUUAUGCUGGAUAAUGAACGUCUCAGCAUCAGCAGCGUAUGAAUUCAAAUGGGAACUUAGCCAGUGAUGGUUUUGUUCCUCUUAUGUUACAGACUACUAGUUACUUGUUAUAGCAUUUUAUAUCAUUUGCCUGUUUAUCCCA